UAAUAAGAGUCCCGGCCGAGCAGAGCGGCGGUAGUGUCGGUUACGAGGAAAAGCGUCGGCCAGUCUUCGGGAAAUCGCCCCUCUCUCCCCUCCCCUCCUGCAAAGAACGAAUCGCUCUCUCGCGCGAUCUCGCUCGACGUCUCCUUCAAUCCAUCCCCUUCCCUUCUUCUUUCCUUCUUCUUCUUCUUCUUCUUCUUGUUCUGCUUCUUCCGGCUCUCGACGUUCGCGAGACAGGGAGAGAACGAUGGCGAAGGAGAAGGAGGUCAUUCGGCUGGAGCGCGAGUCGGUGAUUCCGGUCCUGAAGCCGAAGCUCAUCAUGACCUUGGCCAAUCUCAUCGAGCAUAAUACUGACCGUGCUGAGUUUUUAAAGCUGUGCAAGAGAGUUGAAUAUACAAUUCGAGCCUGGUAUCUUCUGCAAUUUGAGGACUUGAUGCAACUUUACUCUCUCUUUGAUCCUGUGCAUGGGGGUCAGAAGCUGAGACAGCAAAACCUAUCUUCUGAAGAGAUUGAUGUACUUGAGCAAAAUUUUAUUUCUUACUUAUUUCAGGUUAUGGAUAAGAGCAAUUUCAAAAUUGCUACAAAUGAGGAAAUUGAUGUUGCACUCUCUGGCCAGUAUCUCCUUAACCUUCCAAUUACAGUCAAUGAAUCGAAGCUUGACAAGAAGCUCCUGAAAAGAUACUUUGCAGAGCAUCCUCAAGAAAAUCUUCCAGAUUUUGCAGAUAAGUAUGUUAUAUUCAGACGCGGCAUUGGGCUAGAUCAAACAACAGAUUACUUUUUCAUGGAGAAAGUGGACAUGAUCAUUACGCGUAUUUGGGCAUAUAUGUUGAAACUAACCAGGAUUGAUCGAUUUUUGUCUAGAAGGUCAAGUGCACAUCGUAAGAAAGAUCCAAAAAAAAAUGAUGAAAUUGUGACUGAAGGAGAGCAUGAAGUAGAACGGAUUCGUAUAGAAAAUAUGCAUAUAAGUUUUCGCAAUCUUCUAAGCAAGAUCACAAUCCAAGAACCCACCUUUGACAGGAUAAUCGUUCUUUACAGGUGUUCAAGUUCCAACUUGCAAACUGAAAGGGGAAUAUAUGUAAAGCAUUUCAAAAACAUUCCAAUGGCAGAUAUGGAGAUAGUACUUCCUGAAAAGAAAAAUCCUGGGUUGACUCCAAUGGACUGGGUGAAGUUUCUUGCCUCUGCUGUAGUUGGUCUGGGUGCUGUAGUUGGUUCUCUUGACAUGCCUAAAGGUGAUCUAUGGGUCAUUUUUGCGGUGCUUUCUACAGUGAUAGGUUACUGUGCAAAAACAUACUUCACAUUUCAGGCAAAUAUGGCUGCGUAUCAGAACUUAAUUACCCAAUCCAUGUAUGACAAACAACUUGACAGUGGGAAGGGGACUCUUUUGCACCUUUGUGAUGAUGUGAUCCAACAGGAAGUCAAAGAGGUUAUUUUGGCAUACUUUAUAUUGAUGGAACAAGGGAAAGCUACUACACAGGAUUUGGAUAUACAAUGUGAAGAACUAAUAAAAGAAGAGUUUGGUGUGAGCUGCAAUUUUGAUGUGGAUGAUGCAGUUGAGAAACUAGAGAAAUUAGGCAUUGUUGCUCGGGACUCUAUCGGAAGAUUCUAUUGUGUAGGCCUCAAACGUGCUAAUGAGAUCAUUGGAACUACGACAGAGGAACUUGUCCUCAAGGCAAAAAUGAGCUCGAUUGCUUCCUGAUGGUAUUGAAGGUGGAUCUCCGCUGUAAGGCAAUCACUUUAAACUGGAGAGUCGAAUCUUUGGAGUUAUUUGCAUGUAUGCAAGUUGGCUCGCAAACGUUUCUGGAUGGAAGUCUUAGCGGCCACUCUAUGCUUGCUAUUCCAGGUGUUCAUCUGUUCAUUUAAUAUUGUAAUUAUUCUAUCCUACGGUCUUAUUCUUUUUUGUCUUCGAUAUUGUUAUUUGAAACUCACGAAUUACGAGUGUGCGGAUGCUUUUUUCAUUCCAUCAGGACUAAUUAGUCGUAAUUUCUUAAA